AUGAAUUUCGCGCCGUACCAAGAUGAGUCUCCUGAUGCCGAACGCGCGCUCUCCCCUUCUAUCACAGACGCCAACCGUACAAAGUCACCAAGGUCGUCCCCGCCAGCGCAAGGCACCUCCCCAAACCACCUACCUUCUCCAAGUGUUUUUGCUGGCCAGGGAAGAAACAGUUUAGAGAACAAUGGAAAUUCGGGAUUUGGAAGAGAGAGAUAUGUCGAGGCUGGGCGGCUGGAUGUGAGCGCGUUCGAAACGAGUCUGCCGAUACCUCUCCAUAUCGAGGCCAUGUUGGCGUAUGUGCUACUGCCACCAGCAGGAGGCGUAUUUCUUUUGCUACUGGAGCAUAAGAGUGACUAUGUGCGAUUUCAUGCCUGGCAAUCUAGCAUGGUAUUUACGGCACUCUUUAUAAUCCACAUGUUAUUUGCAUGGACGAGCUUCAUCUCGUGGCUCCUUUUCGUCAUUGAUAUCGGUUUAAUCGCAUUCCUUGCCUCACAUGCAUAUCGGGAUGUUGACACGCUCGAACACUACGAAGUGCCUUUCUUCGGUCGCCUAGCCAACUCCUUCGUUGACGACGAAUAG